CCGGUCCCGGCUACUCGUAGGCAGCCCCGCCUCCUUUUAGCCCCACGCACUUCCUUGCGUCCGCUUUCAAAGGCCGGGGGCCGUCCCCGAGGUCCAUACAAUAAUCACGAUAACAACAUACAAAGCCCGGUAGAGCCAGCUGCCGAUCAUCACACGAGUUCAUUCCUUCCACAAAUACAUACUACAUACAUCAUGACCACCCCUACUCCUGAACGGCGCUUCAAGAACCCGGCAGUUUUCAUCUGCGAUAUCCAAGACAAAUUCCGUCCCACUAUCCAUGAGUUCGACAAGGUCAUCCUAACAAGCCGCAAACUUCUCACCGCGGCAAAAGCCCUCCAGAUCCCCAUCUUCGUCACCACGCAGAACCGCGCCCGCCUAGGCGACACCGUCCCCGAGCUCAAGCCUUUGCUGGCCCAGGCCGGCGACCUGGUCAAAGUAGACCUGGACAAGACGCGCUUCAGCAUGUGGCUGCCCCCGCUGUCCACCCACCCCACCUUCUCUUCUUCUUCUUCUUCUACUUCUUCUUCUUCUUCUUCUUCUUCUUCUUCCCUGGCAGCAGAAGUCGCCAUCGUAGGCAUCGAGUCUCACAUCUGCGUGACCCAGACGGCGCUGGACCUGCUGGCGGCGGGCCACCGAGUCUACAUACUCGCCGACGGCGUGAGUAGCGCCAACUGGGAGGAGGUUCCAAUCGCGCUGGCGAGGCUGAGGCAGGCGGGCGCCGUGGUCACAACCAGCGAGAGCUGGAUCUACGAGUGCAUGGGCGACGCGGGGAUUCCCGAGUUUAGGGCCAUGGUCAAGGUCGUCAAGGAGACCAUGGGCGAUACCAAGGCUGCUUUACAGGGGUUACUGGGGAGUAAGAUUUAGGUAGCCUGGUUGGUAUGGUUUUGCGUUGCCUUGUACUUCUCUAGACGUCAAUCAGAAUUUUGUUGUAUUUUUGGUUUCGCUAGGUUGUAACUUGUAAGGCUGCUAUCAGCACCUUUCCACUUCCAGCAGCUCUCCCUAUCCUACAAGUUGGCUAUCUGA